AUAGAUCCUGAAUUAGUUUUACCUACAAUGAGAUCUGCAGUAGAGGAACAACUGAAUUUAAUAGCAUUAGGUCGAGCUGAUUUUCAUGCUGUAUUACAGCAUACUGUAGAAAUUUUUAAACAAAAAUUUCAUUAUUUCGUACAAAGCAUAGAAGCUAUGGAUCAAUUGUUUGAAGUCUCAUUCUCCCCGUUGUCAGCAUCUGGCAAAGCACACUCUAGAUGUGGCAAAUGUCGUCGAUAUAUGAAGUAUAUACAAACCAAACCAUCUAGAAUGCAUUGUGCACAUUGCAAUGAAACUUACAAUCUACCACAAAAUGGAAACAUACGAAUAUAUAAAGAAUUAAAAUGUCCAUUGGAUGAUUUUGAAUUACUUUCAUGGUCGACUGGAGCACGAGGAAAAAGUUAUACAUUUUGCCCAUAUUGUUACAACAAUCCACCGUUCAGAGAUAUGAAAAAAGGGAUGAGUGGCUGCAAUUCAUGCACACAUCCGACAUGUGCACAUGGUAUGAAUUCAAAUGGCUUAUCCAGUUGUUUAGAAUGUGAUUUAGGUAUACUUGUACUCGAUCCUUCGGCUGCACCCAAGUGGAAAUUGGGAUGUAAUCGUUGUGACGUUAUUAUCCAUUUGUUUGAGAAUGCCCAUAAAGUGAUGAUCGAUACGGAUACAUGUGAUUGUGGUGCACAAUUAGUAACUGUCGAAUACAAACAGGAUAAAAGUAAAUUGCCAAACGAAGCGACCGAGAUGAUCGGUUGUGUGUUUUGUACCCCAGCUUUUGCUGCAUUGGUAGAAAAACAUCGUGCGGUAGCUUCAAAACCAGUCGUCACACGUGGUCGAAGUCACACCAAAAGCCGUAAUCGAGGCAAACCAAAACCGCCAAAGGACAAAAUGGCACAAUUGGCGGCAUAUUUCGUAUAAUGAAGAUCAUGUAGAUUUGCAUACAAUAAAAAGUCAUGUAUACAU